AUGAGAGAAACCAGAAAAACAGAGCCACCAGCAAUCAAGCCGCAACGAGAUGAAUUCGACGAGAGCGAUGACGAACCUGCACCGCCACCUGCAUCCAAGCUAAAGUCGCAAUCUACAACAGAGGAUAAGCCCAAGUCAAUCUUGAAGACGACCAAANAGCAAGACCCUCCGAAAUCAAAGACUCUCGAAGAUUCACCACCGCCGCCUGUACGCGUCUCGAGAGCUGUCAAGGAUAGGUUAGCCCAAGAUGACGCCGAGAUUGCCGCCCUCGAGAAGAAAUUAGGAAUCAAAUCGACAAAGAGAUCAAAGGCUUUUGCAGAUGACGGACUCGACGACUUACUGGAAGGCCUGGACGGCGAUGAGGAAGAUGAUGUCCAGAAGUACGUUCCGCCUUCAUUGCGAGGCGCUCCAUCAUCAGAUACUGAAGCUCUGGCACGUCUUCGUCGUCAAAUUCAGGGUCAGCUCAACCGUCUUUCUGAGGCGAACCUGCUGUCUAUCCUACAAACCAUCGAAGGAAUCUACCAGAACAACCCUCGUCAAUACGUCACCACAACACUUAUUGACCUUCUACUUGGACUCAUUUGCGAUCGUACUACUCUACAGGACACUUUCCUCAUCCUCCAUGCAGGUUUCAUGGCGGCUCUUUACAAGGUUAUUGGAACAGAUUUCGGUGCUCAAGUCAUUGAGCGCAUCGUCAAUGACUUUGACAGACACUACACUGGAAGCACUACGGCAGGCAAGGAAACCUCCAACUUGAUGUCCCUGGUUUCCGAGCUCUACAACUUCCAACUUGUUGGCUGUAAUCUUGUGUUUGACUACAUUCGUUUGUUCCUUAAAGAGCUCAACGAAGCGAACACAGAACUUUUGUUGAAGAUUAUCCGCAACUCUGGACCUCAACUUCGCGCAGAUGAUCCCUCGGCAUUGAAGGACAUUGUCAUUUUGGUGCAAAAGGAAGUCACCCGUAUCGGAGAAGCGAACUUGUCGGUAAGGACAAAAUUCAUGAUCGAGACCAUCAACAACCUUAAGAACAACCGUGUCAAGACUGGUGUCGUAGCUUCUGCUAUUGUGUCGGAACACACGACAAGGAUGAGGAAGACUUUGGGUUCUCUCAACAACAGGUCAUCUCUCAAGGCAAGUGAGCCUCUGCGUAUUGGAUUGGCAGAUAUCCGCGAUACAGAAAAGAAGGGUAAAUGGUGGCUUGUUGGUGCAAGUUGGCUCGAUCCGGGAAAGCAAUCCAAGGAUGAGGACGCUUCCAAUGAGCCUGCUGUCAAGGCUUCAAAGAACGACUCAACGACAGUGUCUGCAGAUGACGGCAGUGUUGAUUUGAUUCAACUAGCACGUCAGCAAGGCAUGAACACUGAUAUUCGUCGUGCCAUCUUUGUCACUAUCAUGUCAGCUUCUGAUUAUCAGGAUGCUCAUCUGCGCCUUCUGAAGCUGGGUUUCAAGAAGGCCCAAGAGCUUGAAAUUCCUCGCGUCCUGGUUCACUGCGCAGGUGCUGAAGCAACCUACAAUCCAUACUACACGCUCAUCGCCAAGAAGCUUUGCAGCGAGAAGCGCAUGCUCAAAGCCUUCCAAUUUGGAUUGUGGGACAUCUUCAAGCGCAUGGGCGAAAAGGCAAUGACAGCGGAUGAUGAGGACGAUGCUUUCGAUGAUGACGAGGACGAGAACAUGAGCACUCGCAAGAUUGUGAACCUCGCUCGCUUCUACGCAGAUCUGAUCACCGAGGGCGGGUUCCCCAUCACAGCUCUGAAAACGCUCAACUUUGCUUACCUGCAACCCAAGACAAACACAUUUACUGNNGAAGUCUUGCUAACCAGAAUCUUGGUCAAGAUGAUGAAANACUCCAAGGGCAGCAAGUGGGAACUCUCUGUCAACGAAGUGUUCUCGAAAGCUCAAGACGUUCCGGACAUGGUGCAGGGACUACGAUACUUCAUCGAGAAGGUGGUCAGAAAGGCCGAAAUUGCCAAUGGCAAGAAGGAGCGCAAGGCAGUGAAGGACGGUUGUGCAGCUGCUAUCGAAGCUUUGACAACACACAUCGCCCGUGACGACGGCAGCGAGGAUAUGCUGAGUGAUUCCGACUAG